CUCUUUUCUCCUACUACUCGUCAUACUAGUAAAAACAAUCUUAUCAGAGUUAAGGAGCGCGAAUUUUUUGUUGAAGGGAAAAGGGAAGCAAAUCCCAAUGGAUGUUCUUAUUCCUAACAACAAUUUCUCGUCCUCCAUCCCAGUCAAACCUUACACGAUUCCGAAAAUCACAGAUUUGCAACAAAAGAUCUGUUACUCGAAUGAUGGUGGAGAGAUGGACGAGAAUGACCGAAGCUUUCACCAUAUGGAUUCAACACCGCAGAUUCCAAACACAUUAGCUGCAAAGGACUUCAAGUCGCCGACGAUUUUCCCCACUUCAAAAGUUCCUUUGCCAAGAAAAAAGAUCUUGGUCGAGAGAAGCGAUGCCUCCGGACCGUUUUCCUCCAAUUCUCAUGCUCCACAAACCCCACAUGCUGUUGCAGACGCCAUUUCUGCAGAUUCAGGUUCCGAAACUCGCCGUAGCUAUUCAUCUCAAGUCACAAACUUGUCAUCGAGUGUUAAUGAAACAGAUGAAGAUGAGCAGAAAACUUCUAUUCCGGAAUCGUCUUCGCAGCCUUACGAUCCUUUCACGAAUUCUCUCUCCCCAAGACCCAAGUUCCUUCGAUACAACCCAAACAGGCGACUUGAAAUUUUCCUUCGCAGAGAAAACCAACUGGCAAAAGCCAAAGACGAGUUGGGAGGCAAUCGAUGUGCUUCUCUCGAGACUCAGAAACCAAUUGAAGGGGAAGUUUUGAGUGACGACGCUUCUGCUUCUGCAUUCUCUUCUUCCUCAGGAGAGAGUUCUAUGAAACAAGAACACGGAUCUAGUCCAUGCACAACUAACUUGGAGCCAAAGCCACCUGAAGAUGUAGAAAACAACGGAAGGGAGGAUGGAGAUGACGAUUUUGAAGAGGUCGAGGAGGGAGACAGACACUGGCAUUUCAAAGAGGUACUAAAAUCUUUGCUUCUCUUUGGCGUUCUGAUCCUUUCUACCUUGUACAUAUCCUCCAUGAACUCUCCCACUCCUCCCCCUUAUGUUCGAGCUUUACAAGACCUCAGAGAAGGCUACCAGAAGAUUCAGAGCCAUCUCAUCCGAGCUUCUGUAGAGAACUUUAGAUGGGGUAGUAGUUUCAUACAUCAAAAACAAGGAAAUGCUGCUUUAGACAUAACAGAAGCAAAUGACAUAACUAGUUACGAGUGUAAUGAGAAGGAAGAGAUGGUUAAACAGGAUAUGGAAAUAAUGUCGGAGGUUGCUGGUAAGAAGGAUGAAGUGUUGAACCAACAAGGUACAGAAAUUGGACAUAUUUCUGUCAAUGAAUUGGGAGAACAAGUAGGGGAGGAUAUGGAAGUAAUGCGGGACGUUGAUGGUAAACAGGACGAAGUGUUGAGCCAACAAGGUACAGAAACCGGACAGAUUUCUGUUCAUGACUUGGGAGAAGUAGGGGAGGACAUGGAAAUACUGUGGAACGUUGAUGGUAAGAAGGAUGAAGUGUUGAGCCAACAAGGGACAGAAACUAGACAUAUCUCUGUCCAUGAAUUGGAGGAAGCAGGGGAGUAUUCUGAUCGCACAGAUGAAGUGUUGGAUGGGGUUGACCAGUUAAAUUCAGCAUUUGUUAUUUCAAGUACUUCAGAGGAAGAUAGGAGUUUAGACAGCGAGAACCCCAAUGCUGACUUAGCUUCCGAGAUUGAACCACCAAAAUAUGAAGUCGUCGCAGAAGUAGUUGAGAGAGAUACCGAUCAGGGUACGGGAGAAGAAACGGUGGUUUAUCCUGCAAUGGAGGAAGUUGGGAAUGUUCCUAGUGGCACUGGCGAACCCGUUUCACUACAAGGUAGAGAACCUGUUGAAAAUACAGCUUCGGAUAUUUCCAGCGUUCCUGCAAAAGAGGAAAACUCACCGCAUAAGAAAAAAGUUGCUCUUGGAUUUUCUGUGAUUUUGGUAUCUACUCUUUUGGGAUUUCUCCAUCUGAAGCGUAGGAAGACGUCUGCAGAGGAUACUAGACUGAUGGUUCAACCUUCUUCUGAAUUAAUGGUAAUAGAUAACCACAAAUCACCACCUCCCCAGACAGAAGACCACGUUCUGAAGGCGGACUCUGGCGUUUAUCUCUCAUCUUCAGUUCAUUCUGAGGACAGAGUCUUGAGAGAGAUCAAUCGAAGUCAGGCACCAUCAGUCAAAUUUCUGGGAGAGUUUGUGGUGGGAGAGGUUGGUAGCUCUAUCAAGAGCUGUGAUCUGAAGUCCCAGAGGAUAGAAGGCGAAGAGAGCUAUGUUUCUGUGUCUCAAGAGAAGAAAUUUGAGAAGCAGGUUAUUUCUUCUGAGCAGGGAGAGCUCAGUAGUUCUAUCAAGAGCUGUGGUCCGAAACCCCAGAAGACAGAAGGUGAAGAGAGCAACUUCUCUGUGUCUCAAGAGAAGAGGUCGAGGAGGCAGGUCCUUUCAUCUCCUAAGCAGUCACGCCAGUCUCUUUCAGAUUUCUCGGUCACAAAGUCCCCAUCAUAUGGAAGUUUUACUGCUGAGGAGAAACUCGUGAAGAAAGAGGAGGGUAGAAACGGAGAAGAGAUGAUGAAGAAGGUCACAACUCCAGUGAGGCGAUCCAGCCGGAUACGCAAUCGUACAGUCAUGUCUCCAUGAAUAAUGUGAUUGCAAGCUGACCCUAGGGUGUAUUUUUCUGAACUGUGAUUCAGAAACAAACAGCUUCCAGUUGUUUCAUGUUCCUAGUUCCUACCAUUUCCUAGUGUUUUCCUAAUAUUUCUGAACUGACCCUAGGGUGUAUUUUUCUGAACAUGUGGGGUGUAUUUUUCUGAACUGUGAUUCAGAAACAGCUUCCAGUUGUUUCAUGUUCCUAGUUCCUACCAUUUCCUAGUGUUUUCCUAAUAUUUCUGAAUUGUAUACUAUCUUUAACCUGUUUGACCUGGCUAAUUUUUAUUCAAAGAAAUCAAUUGCUGAUAAUUCUUAA